UGCAGGGGACUCGGGGGAGAGAGAUAUAAAAGGGCUAAGGAGAAUCCGGUUUUGAGAUGGUGUUCGUCCGAAGACAGCCCACCAAGAUCUUCGACAACUUGACAAGAAUCACUUAGCAAUCAAGCAAGCCUUCAAGCGCACAUACAUACACAUACAAACACUCUUAUUACUCCUCAGAAAUAUCCCAUCCCAACACUCCGCCAAAAUGUCGGACUCUCCCAAGAUCCUCGUCGUCCUCACCUCCCACGGCAAGCUGGGCGACACGGGCAAGCCGACGGGCUGGUAUCUGCCCGAGCUCGCCCACCCACACGCAGUGCUCACCCAGCAAGGCUUCCACAUCACGCUCGCCUCCCCGGCCGGCGGGCCCGCACCGCUGGACCCCUCCAGCGUGGAAGCGUCGGCCAACGACACGACGUCGCAGGCCUUCCUGGCCGAGCACAAAUCGCUAUGGGAAACCACCACCCCACUAGAGUCCUUCCUCGGCCGCGCGGACGAGUUCGCCGCCGUGUUCUUCCCGGGCGGCCACGGCCCCAUGUUCGACCUGGCCUCGGACCCGACCUCGCACGCGCUGGUGCAGGAGUUUGCCCAGAAGGGCAAGGUGGUGGCGGCGGUCUGCCACGGCCCUGCCGCGCUGGUCGGGGUGAAGGGGUUCCUGAGGGGGAAGAAGGUUACGGGGUUUUCGAAUGAGGAGGAGAAGGAGGUUGGGCUGGAGAAGGUGGUUCCGUUUUCGUUGGAGGAUAAGCUCGUGGAGGCUGUGGGGAAGGGCGGGAAGUAUGAGAAGGCUGGUGAGAAGUGGGGGGAGAAGGUGGUGGUUGAUGGGAAGUUGAUUACGGGCCAGAACCCGGCUAGCUCGAAGAAGGUGGCUGAGGAGAUUGUGAAGGCUGUUUAUGGUGCUUGAAAGGGGGUUACGGGGUAAGGGGCGGUGGUGGCUUCAAGUUGUUAAGAGGAGUAAAUGAUUGUUUGGAUGGAAGACUUUCUUUCUCUCUGUUUGUUGACUUGAUGUUAUGAGGAGGAGAAUCCUUGCUAUGGG